AUGGCUAGCCCCUACAGCAAGGCUAUCACCGUUGUUACCGCUGUCUUUCUCGGCAUUUCGCUGACAACGGUGCUGCUGCGAUGUUUUGUGCGAUUCCGUGUGGUCCGAGCCUUUGGCUGGGAUGACUCCUUGAUGGUCAUUGCAGCAAUGUUGAAUAUCGCGUUUGCAACAUGUGGCUUUAUAGGCGCAAAGUAUGGCAUGGGCCAGCAUCUCGAAUAUUUCCUCUUCCAUUCCGAUGAUUUCCACAAAGCAUUAUUUUGCUUCUGGCUGGGUCAACUUUUCUACAUAGGUAUAGCGAUUAUCGUCAAAACCUCAGUUGCUCUGUUGUUACUCCGUAUCACGGUCAAUCGCAUCCACAUUGUCAUUCUCUAUAUCACCAUGGCAAUCAACAUGAUUGCUGGAUUGAUUUUCAUCUUUGUCACCAUCUUCCAGUGCUCACCCGUCAACCACUUUUGGAACCGCCUGGAUCAGGACUAUGGCAAAUGUAUGGACAUUGGGAUCCUCAUUGAUUUUGCAUAUCUGUGCAGUGCGGUUGCAGCCCUUACGGACUUUAUAAUUGGCCUGUUGCCGGCAUUCAUAAUAUGGAACUUGCACAUGGCACGGCGAAAUAAGAUAGCUGCGGGCAUGAUUCUGAGUCUGGGCUGCAUAGCAGGUAUCGCUGUCUUAAUUCGCUUCCCCUUCCUCAAACACUAUGGUGACAGGGACUUCCUCUAUAAAACCGCCAACGUCGCCGUCUGGUCGAACAUUGAAGCUGGCCUGGGUAUCACUGCUGGAUCCCUGCCAACAUUACGCCCCCUAAUUCGAUUCUUCCGCGAAGCUUCCUACGGCUCCUACGGCUCCUACGGCCGCCACCAAGACUCAUUUCCACUGUCAACUACCCUGGGGAAUAGCACACCAGUCCCGCACUCCAAACUGGCACAGGAGGGUGAACAGCAUUUCUGGCCCGGUGGCAGAGAUAUUGAGUCACAUGGGGUGCACACGGUGGUGGUAGGGAAUGGACGGGUUGCAGUUGCACCGGCGAAUAGCAGUGACGACGACUUGAAUACGGUGAUGGGGAGUCCCGAUUUGGGACCGAUGCGAAAGGAGUGA